CAUGUGGAAAAUCUUAUCGUUCACCCGUGAUUAUUUAUUACGAACUUAGUGAGCAAAUCAAUUCUGACUUUAUAUUUAGCGGCUGUCAGUUGUUUUACGUCUCAUGCAUUUUACCUUACAAUUUUCUCUCUUUAUAAACCUUAAAUACCACUAAACUGUUUACAAAUUUACACGCGGCUCGGGCUGCAGUGAUGCGCAUUGAAUACGAUGAUGCAACGAGAUGAUAAGUACCCUGCAUGUUGUGUUUUAACUGUAAAAGUGAUACUUUGACUAUAUUGUUGGCAUUGUCCGGCAUAAGGUUCUGCUAACGACAACCGUGCAUCUUUCCUUCCCGUAUGGCUGCAUAUGUUAAUCGCACUAUAUCCAUGAUGGCUGGCGACGGGCCCCACAAUGUUGCGACGCUCAACAACGGAUCCAUCCGCAUGAACAUGUCAAACGUGGACUCCCCGCUGCAGAUAUUUGUGAGAGCCAAGAAGAAGAUCAAUGAUAUAUUUGUGGAAAUUGAUGACUAUGUCAAAGAUGCAGUCACCUACAUGCAUGCGGUCUCCGGCGAGAAAGGUAUCGCGUCGCCGCAAGAUGUCGCCACCGUGGAGGCCUAUGUUAACAAAGUGCAAGCGAUACGGGAGGUUCUCAAGAGGGAUCACAUGAAAGUAGCGUUCUUUGGCAGGACGAGCAACGGUAAAAGCACAGUUAUAAAUGCGAUGUUACACGACAAGAUUCUCCCGAGCGGCAUCGGGCACACCACCAACUGCUUCCUGCAGGUGGAAGGUUCGGACACGGACGAGGCGUUCCUGCGUACCGAAGGGUCGGAGGAGAAGCUCAAUGUGCAGUCGGUGAGCCAGCUGGGGCACGCGCUGUGCGCGUCGCGGCUGCAGGAGUGCUCGCUGGUGCACGUGUACUGGCCGCGCGAGCUGUGCGCGCUGCUGCGCGACGACGUGGUGCUGGUGGACAGCCCCGGCGUGGACGUCACGCCCAACCUGGACACGUGGAUCGACCAGCACUGCCUCGACGCGGACGUGUUCGUGCUGGUGGCCAACGCCGAGUCCACGCUCAUGGUCACGGAGAAAAAUUUCUUUCACAAAGUAUCGACGAAGAUAUCGCAACCGAAUAUAUUCAUACUGAACAAUCGAUGGGACGCUUCGGCGUCAGAACCUGAGUAUUUGGAUCAGGUCCGCAGCCAGCACGCCAACCGCUGCGUGGACUUCCUGUCGCGGGAGCUGCGCGUGUGCUCGCCCAAGGAGGCCGAGGAGCGCAUCUUCUUCAUCUCCGCCAAGGAGGCGCUGCUCACGCGCAUGCGGGAGAGGGAGAAACCCGUGUCCUCACCGAUCCUGGCGGACGGGCACCAGGUGCGCUACUUCGAGUUCGUGGACUUCGAGCGCAAGUUCGAGGAGUGCAUCAGCCAGUCGGCCGUGCGCACCAAGUUCGCGCAGCACUCGCGCCGCGGCAAGAACAUCGCCGGCGACGUCAUGGCGGCCCUCGACCGGGUUUACAACACGGCGACCGAUCUGAAAACAGCGAAGGUUGAGAAACAGCGCAUCCUACACGAACAGCUGACCGCCAUCGAAGAACAACUCACCACCAUCACGAGGCAGAUGAAGGAGAAGAUUAACAGAAUGGUGGAGAGCGUGGAGCAUAAGGUGUCCCUGACGCUGAGCCAGGAGAUCCGCCGGCUGUCGGCGCUGGUGGACGAGCACGAGGCGCCGUUCCGCGCGGAGCGGCCGGCGCUGGAGCAGUACAAGCGCGCGCUGCACCGCCACGUGGAGGCGGGGCUGGGCUCGCGGCUCAAGCAGCGGCUCUCCGCCGACAUCGGCCACGAGAUGGACCAGGCGCAGCAGGAGAUGGCAGAUCGCAUGUACAACAUCCUGCCCCAACACAAGCGAGCAGCCGCAGCAAGUUGCAUCAUCCCACACCAGCAACCUUUCGAGGUUCUAUACCGGCUCAAUUGCGACAACUUGUGUGCUGAUUUCCAGGAAGACCUUUCCUUUAGGUUUUCUUACGGGAUCACGGCGCUCAUACAGCGUUUCCACGGGAAGAAUUCAAAUAAAAUCGCGUUGAAGAAUCCUCCUACAUAUACACAGAUUCCCCCAACAGUGAGCAACCUCCCCGCUAACAACAUGGAGGUGGUGCGCAGUAACGGCGCCAGUAUCGGGCCGUUCAGCGCCGAGGAGUGGAGCAUGGUGUCCAAGUUCGCGCUCGGGGCAUUGACCUCGCAGGGCACCAUGGGCGGGCUACUGCUGUCUGGACUGUUGUUAAAAACGGUCGGGUGGCGCAUAGUGGCGGUGACGGGCGUGCUGUACGGCGCGCUGUACGCGUACGAGCGGCUCACGUGGACCGCGCGCGCGCAGGAGCGGCUCUUCAAGCGGCAGUACGUGGCGCACGCCGGCAAGAAGCUGCGGCUCAUCGUGGACCUCACGUCCGCCAACUGCAGCCACCAAGUGCAGCAAGAACUAUCGACAAUGUUCGCCCGCCUGUGCCGCCUCGUGGACGAGGCUACGACCGAGAUGGACGAGGAGUUGUGCGAAGUGAAGGAGGCCAUCAAAAUGCUGGACGAAGCCUCCACCUCGGCCAAGAAGCUGCGGAACAAGGCCAAUUAUUUGUCCCACGAGUUGGAGCUGUUUGAUGACGCCUUCCUGAAGCUCAACUAGGUGUUGUGCGGUGCGGUGAGGUAGAACUAGCGCCGCGCUAGCAGUGGGUUGAAACAGCACAGAGGCGAGUUUUUUUUACUCAAUUUUAACCGUCACACGUCACGCCCAGCGAUGGACGGACAAUUUAGUUGCGGCAACCCGGGUCUCAAUAUUAUACAUAAGAGCAGAUGAUUCGUGUAUGUACCUAAGACGGAGAGUUUCGAUUUUCAAAUUGUUUCAAUUCAAUUAAAUAUCUUAUUGUGCUCGUAAACCCUUUUUUUUUCUUUCACUUGUUUAGCUAAAGGAGCCUCUAGACUGUACCAAAGUAAUUAUUACGACGGAAUAACAAAAACUUAAGAAAAAUAAAUCUACUAUUUUAUUUUUAUACCCGAUUGAAUCAAGUAAUCGAAUUUAUUAAUUUGAAUAUUUUUACUAUAGCAUGGAGUUCUAAAUUUGUUGAUAUGCUGUAUCGCGGCGCGUGACGUCAUACCUAUAUUGUUUAAGGGUAAUAUCGGUGUUUGCACGUUUCAAUCGACUGCUGUACCGCCAUGACAAUCGCCCUGUAGGAAGGCAAAUUGUACAGUGGGCUAUAUAGAAUAGUAUAGCAAACCCAAACGUAUAUAACAAAUGAAAGAGGUAUGUUUGUGAACUCUUUAUUGCACAUAAGAUUAAUGAAAUAAAAUAUACGUUUGUGGUAUAACUUUCUAUGCGGCACACUGUACAUACAAGCAUCAAACUGUAUAAAGGAUAAUACUUAUAUAUACCUCUGUUAAUGGAAUAGACGCAAAACGGACACUGCACAAAAUUUUCACACGAGACAAAUUAAUGCUUUUUGGAUUACUUUUUGGUUAUUGUAACACGCUUCGACAAGGCGAAGACAUCUUACGCCAAAAUUUUACUCAUGACGAGUAAGCAAUUGCAAAAAAUUGCUAAAAUGUGAAUGUUGUUACACACUACAUUUUUUAAUCAGAUCUCCUAUUUGAGAAAGGCUCACUCGCAUUUGCGAAUCGCCUUGUAAAUAUUUCAUUUAUUGACAAAAUGCGUAAGCGUUAAUUUUUUUCGACUGAACGUUUUGCGUGUUGGCCGUUUUGCGUCAAUCCUGUGUACAUUCAACUUUGUUGUUGUUAUAAUGUAAAGUUAUUUAUCAGCUUAUAUACCCAUGUUAGAUGAAAUCGUGCGUGGCUUUGUUAUAUAGUUUGACUUUAUCACUUGGAAUUGAUCUGUUGUGCAUUUUUUAAUAACAAAUGAAAAUUUAACUGUCCAUCUGAACCACAAGUUUUAAUCAAAGAUCUUUGUAUUAUCUGGGUCUUUGGUGGCGGUCGAGUCGAACUAUCGCUCCCGCUACAAAAGUAACGUAAGUACAUAUUUUAAUAUCAAAUGAAAAUUUAACUGUUCAUUUGAACCAUCAGUUUUAAUCAAAGAUCUUUGUAUUAUCUGGGUAACAAACGUAACGUAUUUAAUAUCAAAUGAAAUUUUAACUGUUCAUUUGAACCGUCAGUUUUAAUCAAAGCUCCUAUGAACACCACAGGGGCGCCACACAUACUUAUCGUAUUGUAUCGGCGGUAAACUUAUGCUACUAUCCAUAAAUAAGAAAUUGCAAAAUGACGCAGAAUCUUAAUUUCUUGUGAAAAUUAUUGCCUGAUGUAUACAAAGCUUUGGGUUCUCAUGAUUCCUCGUGAUAUUUAUGAAGGAACGUACAAAUAUUGAGAAACAAUUCAAUAAUAUAUAUGAAUUAUGUGUUAAUCUGUUAAUACCUUCCUCGAUGGGGAAUAGGCGUGAUAAUAUAUGUCUAAUAUUGAAAUUGUUAUUGUAAAGUUUACUCUUUUCUUGCAAAUCUACACGCCCUUUUUUUUUUAAUAAAACCAGACUUCACCAAUGUUUGAAUUAAUUGUGUAAAAAGCGCGAGUUCCUCUCUUAGUUACCAUUUGUAAAUUACGAAUCUACUUUAUGCCUAUACACGCGUUUUGUACCACUAAACUGUGAUAAAUAUUUAUUUCACCUCCACUUGCUUGUAACCUUUAAAGCCGCAGUUGAAAAUUGAUUUAGGCUUUUUGUGCCAAUGUAUUUUUUAAAUCCUAGAACGAUUUCGUGACAGCCCUAAUGGUGCCUCGGAGCGAAAGCGCAACUCCGUGUGUACGCGACACUUUAUCGUAUAACGAUAUAAGGAUCAAAAUACCGCAUAUUAAGGAGCAGUUCACACAUUUUAAAAUAUUGCGCUUUCGAUUUUUUGAAGGGACCCUGGAUAGUACGUGUAUUUUAUACAAAAAAAAACGAUUUUUCUUUUAAUUACUAAUAUUAUCAAGUUUUGCCAACUUGUAAGUAUCAAAAUUAGAUAAUCGCAUUUUAGUUUCACACAUUGUAAAACUCAUAUAGAUAAGAUAGGCAGCCAUCAUGUGAUAUAACUUGUAUUACUUUGUUAUGCUUUGUGUAGUCAACAACUUUUCGUAAGGCUUUCAUUUAAAACUUUUUUAUUGCAUCAAUAGCAAUUUAAAAGGACUAUGAUUUAUUUCUGAGACGGCGUCAAAAUCAGAUCGCGUUAAUUAUGAAUGACUUUAAAUGAAUAUCGAUUUAGUUGUUGAUUGUACAAUAAUUGGAUUUUCUAAGAGAUUAUUUUGUACUGGUUGCGUGUCCCAGUUUUAUUUGCAAAGGCUUUUGUUUGUGUUAUUGUAGAAUUAGUUUGUUGUUUCAUUCAUAGUUCACAUUUCACUAUUUAUAUAUUUAUUGAAGCUCAUCUAUUACAUGAAAUUGCGCUACGAAUUAGCAUCUUACAUAAUGUUAUGUAUAUUGUAUAAAACGAAGGUGGAAAUUUUAUAUUAAGGUCACAAGAGUGAUGGAAUAUUUUACGACCAGCAAUGAAUUAGACUUUCGAGUCGGGAGCCAUGCAACCAUUUGAUAUUAGAUAGAUUUUGUUGUCCGUUGUAAUUAGGUAUUGCAUAACUAGGAGAAUUUUCUUAUGUAAAUAAAAAUAAAGGAUUUCUUUAUAUUA